CCGGGCGCGCGGCGCCGCUUCUUAAAGGGCGACGCGGGGCAGCGGGCGCGCGGCGCGGUGCGGGGUGGGUGCUGCCGGCGGGGUGCGGGCGAGAUGAGCGAGAGACAAGGAACUGGAGCUACAAAUGGAAAAGACAAGACAUCUGGUGAGAAUGAUGGACAGAAGAAGGUUCAAGAAGAAUUUGACAUAGACAUGGACGCACCAGAGACAGAGCGGCGCGUGGCGAUACAGUCCCAGUUCAGGAAAUUCCAGAAGAAAAAAGCGGGGUCCCAGUCCUAGUAGCUACCUCACAGCUUAAAUCAAAGUAAUCCUGAAAUGAUUUAUCAAGAAAAUCAGAAAUAACGCAAAGAUGCAUGUACAGAAAUGAUCAAUAUUUAAAACCCCAUUGGCAGAUAACAAACAUGAGCUUGUGUGUGACUUCAUCCCAGGUGCUUCACACCCAUUAUACUCUGUAACCUCACCAUUUUACUUGAUGUUGUAAUAAAAAGUUAGGGUGAAGUAAUUAAAGUGUCUGCCUUCAUCUGUCUUUUCACAUUAAUCCAGCAAGCAUGGUGUUACAGAUGAACCCGGCCCAGAUGCCUAUUUUCCUCUUCACUUAAAGCUUGGAGACAUAACAGCACCGUAUGUUACAAGGCUUUUGCUGAGGGACGAAAGCACGUGCCUCAGCUGUGCUUACCUCAUUUGAGAAAUUCCUGCUGCCAGCCAAAUGUGACACUAAAAUUACUUUUCUGUAAUGAGCUUAAAGUAAAAAGUUGCAGACAGAAGCUGGCACGAAGAGAAGAGGUGUAGGAAGCCAUAAGCUUUUAUUUUUGUCUUGCAUUAUGUCAAUAAAGUGGCUUAAGUGAGAAAAAUUGUCAUUUUCCUCCCUCUUUGGAUGAUGAUGUUCAAAUUGCCCAGCUUGGAUGCGCAUUGACUUAUGGAGAAGAAAAAUAAGCAAAAUACAAAAGCAAAUCCAAUUCCAGAAAGCUUUGGAAGGCUUUUUUUUUUUUUUUUUUUUUUUACACUAUUAGUAAAAAUACCAACUGCUCCUCUAAACUGUUUUGAUGCAGCUGUUUACCCUCUACAUACUCAGUAAUUAUUUCUAUGCCAUCUCUGUCUUUUCAUAUUAUUUCAGUAUUUGAUGAGUAAAUCAUAAGACUCCCUGUCUCUAUCUAUGCUACUUGUAAUUUAAAGUGAUUUGUAUGAGCCCCUUACUCUAUCACUAUGUUAGCCCAGUUUCUGAUUAAUAGAAAACAGCCACAACAAUUUCAAUUUUCUCCCUGCUGCAAAAGAGCACAGACCAAUUCCAGACAGAACCUAUGUAAGGAUCUUGCCUGGCUUCAGACGUGAUCAGGAAUUAGCUGCCUAUAUAGUGCACAGGAAGGUUCAGAAAAGAUUUUAAAAGUAGCUUUUACUCAAGAAAAGGGAGCUAUUUAGAUGGAGCAACUUGGCAUGCACUGCACAGAUACAUCAAAAAUCCCAUCCUCGCUUCAUCAGCAGGUUUAGGGGGGUCCAAUAGGCAUCUUCAUCCCUGGGGAAAUCAGAGACAGACAUGUUUUCUAAAGGACUGGAGUUUAUAGCAGUUCUUCAAGAUAGCAGCAUGAGCCUCACCUCUAGGCUGGUGGAGGCAGGCAUACUGGCUGAGCAGUGGCAGCCUGCCUACCCUUAACUGAACAGCCUGAAGUUGAGAUUGCUUCAAGUGUGGAGAGGUUAAGGUAUAAUUCCCAGCUGUCUAGAGGCAUUCAUUUCCUCCUCUUCCCACCUCCCACAGGCAUAUUCUGAUCACCAGGGACAGAUCGUCAGGCCUCUCGUAUAAAUUGGAAGCUACCAGUAAGGGGUGGGCAUAGAGGGAAAGGAAAUAUCUCAUGCUGGUGGCGAUCACUUUCUAUGAGAACCCCCCAUAGCAGCGAUACUGACAAGGUGUAGAGCUGUGAGUGAAAGCCAGACUGCAAGAUUGCGGAGGGAAGGCCCUCAGAUUUACACAGGUUAAGGCACUUAUGGUGCUGGGCAACAAUUUAGUGAGAAGUCAAAAUGUGAUGGUCAGUGUUAGGAACUCUGGUACCAUGCUGGGUAGGGGGUCCCCUCAGAAAUACUGGGCAGAGGAAGUCUGGAUGGAUCCCGUGAGCAAUGCAGAAGGAAUACGCAGAGAGAGCAUGUGAGGUAUUUAAUACACACAGCAAAAUGGGGCAGGAAUGGACAGGACUUUUAAGAUCUUUGUUCAGGGAUAAGACCCUAAGUGCUGCCCAGACCCUGCCUUAGGCACCUCUGUCUGUUAGACCCUGGCCAUAUGCCUGACUCACUGCACAACACCUGUGAAGUCAGCAUUCUCCAAGCUGCAACUGAGUGCUGCCACUCCAGGAGCAUAUUUUAGCAUCGCUGUUGCUCUGCAUUUAUGAAUUUCACAAAUAAAUCUCUAACAACACUGCUGCUGUGCUCUAAGUGUAGUUUCUGGAGGCUACAGAUUCUCCACUUACCUUUCACAGAGACUGCUCACCAUCUAAUAAUCACCUCAGUGUAAUAAUUUAAAAAUUGUAAUGGGUUUGGAUUGUGUUGGUGCCAUUUUGUUUAAAUGAACAUAUGUCUGUAAUAAAGGACUACAUUUGCGUUCUGCAUUA